AGAAUUAAUAAAUAAUAAAAAUAUAUUAUAUGGUUGUGUAUAUGUGUUAAUGUAACUGCAUGACACCAAAUCACAAAACAAAGAGCAAAUAUAUAUGAAUUUUUGUGCUAUUUCACUCAAAAACAAAUAAGAAAAAAAAAACAAAAAAGGCACACACACAGAGAGAAUAGAGAGAAAGAAAGAAGCUGAGUACUACCACCACUAUAGCAGCACCAGCUGAUGAUUUUCAAAGCUAGUUCUCUUUCUGUCUAUGGAGUUAUUAUUAUUAUUAUUAUUAUUAUUAUGCCCUAUAAUAUUUACACCUCCUUCUUUGGUUGAUGUUGUUCUAGCUCAUCAUCAUCAUCAUCAAUUUUGCUUUUGAAAUCUCUUCUCAUCUUUAGGUUAUUAUCUUCAUCUUCAUCUUCAUCUUCUUCUUAUUAUAUUAUUACUAUAAUAUAAAUAUAUAUAAUCUUAGGAUAUUGAGGUUCUGCCGGCUUUUGGGGUUUAUAUAGCUCUAUAGCUAUACCUUUUUUCAUUCACCUUUUAUAUAUAUUUUUGUGUUUUGAGAUAAAAUUUUUAGAAAUGAAAGACUGAAAAAAAAACUUGCAUGUGGGAUUGUGCAGCAACAAACAGCUUGUUUCUAGAAAUUCAGUUUUUUUUUUUAUAUAUAAUAUAAUUUGCUUUUGGGAGCUAAAAGUAAAGUGAUUCGAAAGAAAAAGGAGAGAAAAUCCUAAGAAACCCAGAAAGUAAAGAAGAGAUAUAUAUAUAUAUAUUAUGGCGGCUGCUUCUUCAUCUUCGAUACCAGGUUUUGGAAUCAAUAGCAACAGAGAAGAAGACCCAAAUAAUAAUCAGAUGAUGAUGAAACAACAUUCUUCAUCAACUCCAACUAAUUCAUCUUCUCUACCUCUACAACAACCUAAUCCACCUCCUCCUAUUCCAGCUCAGAAGAAAAAGAGAAAUCAACCAGGAACACCAAAUCCAGAUGCGGAAGUGAUAGCGUUAUCUCCAAAGACUCUAAUGGCAACAAACAGGUUCAUAUGUGAGGUAUGCAACAAAGGGUUUCAAAGGGAACAAAAUCUUCAGUUACACAGAAGAGGACACAAUCUUCCAUGGAAACUUAAGCAGAAAACAAACAAAGAACCGAAACGCAAAGUCUAUCUCUGUCCAGAACCCACUUGCGUUCAUCACGACCCAUCUCGUGCCUUGGGAGACCUCACCGGAAUCAAAAAACACUAUUCUAGAAAACACGGUGAGAAGAAAUGGAAGUGUGAAAAGUGUUCAAAACGCUAUGCUGUUCAGUCUGAUUGGAAAGCCCAUUCUAAGACUUGUGGUACUAGAGAGUACAGAUGUGACUGUGGCACUCUUUUCUCCAGGAGAGACAGCUUCAUCACACAUAGGGCUUUCUGCGACGCACUGGCGCAAGAGAGCGCGAGACACCCUCCAAAUUUGAGCGCAAUAAGUGCUAAUUUGUACGGAGGAAGCAAUGCAACAAGUUUGGGAUUAUCACAACUUGGUCCUCAUCAUCAAUUCUCAGCUUUACAAGACCAAACUCACCAAACUACAGGAGAUAUGUUACGCCUCGGAGGCGGUGGGGCAGGCGCCUCCCAUCAUCGGUCGGCUCAUUUACCUCAGGCCCCGUCUUCGGGGCAAUUCGAACACGGCCACAUUCUCUCGCCUACUUCGUUUCGGGCUCAGCAACAGCAGCAACAGACACCGGGUGGGUUCUUUAUGACUGCUGAACCGAACCAACAGCAGCAACAGCAGCAUUACCAUCAUCAAGAUGAUCAUCAUCAUAGCCAUCAUCAUCAUCAUCAAUCUCAGCAUGGUUUCUUGCCUAAUAAGCCUUUUCAUGGUCUUAUGCAGUUCUCUGAAAUUCAAUCUAAUGCAAACAACGUCAACCCUUCUUCAGGUCUAUUGAUUUCCAAUCAUUUCAAUACCGAAAACGGCACAUCUGGCGGCGGCGGAAGUGGUAGUGGCGGCGGAAGUGGUGGUGAUCAGGGAACAAAUAUAUUCUCGGGACAAAUUGUGACAGGCGAUCAAAUAAACUCAAGUCCAGUCUCAUCACUCUACAGCAAUUCAGUCCAGAACAACCACGCAGUUGCGGCGGCGGCUCACAUGUCAGCCACGGCUUUACUCCAAAAAGCGGCUCAAAUGGGCUCAACAUCCACAACAAACAACACAGCUUCACUCCUCCGAACAUUCGGUACCUCUUCCUCAUCAUCAGCGCAAAAUAAACCCUCAACCAUGGCUCCCGCCUCUUUCGGCGGGAGCAGUAGUAGUACUACUGGAGGACUAUUCGGUUCUGAUCAAAACGAUCAGAACCAUCUUCAAGAUCUAAUGAACUCGUUUGCCGCCGCCGGUGGAAACAACUCAAUGUUCGGCGGAAACACCUUUGUUGGAGGCGGCGGCUACGAUCAUCAAGAUCAGAAGUUACAUCAGGCCAAUAGUAGUGGCGGUGGUGGCGGUUCUAUGGCCGCAAUGAACAAUAGUAUGGGCGGUGGCGGUGGUGGUAGCGGUGGUUCGGAUAGGCUUACGAGGGACUUUCUUGGAGUGGGACAGAUUGUGAGAAGCGUAAGCGGAGGGUUUUCUAAUAAACAGCGUGGAAUUAUCGAAAUGGGUUCGUUGGAUUCGGAAAACAAUGCGCCGCCGCCGCCGUCAUCAGCCCAAUCCUUUGGAGGCUCACCUGGGAAUUUUCAGUAGUUAGAUUUGGGGAUGAAAGGAAAAGCAAGAAAAUAAGAAAGAAUAAAGAAAGAGAAAAAGAAAAUAAAAGAAAAAAAAAGGUACUAUUUCUACUACUACUACUUAUUCUACUAGAUUGAUUACUACUACUACCACUUCAGAAAUGAGUACGUGAAAAUUAGUGACGUAGUUAAAAUAAAAUGAUUAUAUUUUUGUGAUAAAAGUAAGUAAGUUAGUUUUCUUUGGUAAAUGUGCAAUAAUUCUUUUACUGUUUUCUUAUGAUUUUUUUUUUAUUUUUUAUUUUAUUUUUAAAAUAAAAAAGUUUUAAUCUGACACAUUGUCCUACAUUGGGACAGUCACGGUUUAUGACCUGGAGUACAUGUAGGGUUUCGUUUGUUUUUUAGUUUUAUUAAUUUUAAUUUUCUUUCUUGUUUUAACUUUUUUAAAUUUUCACAUUUAUUUUUUUCUUUUUGUUUUGGUAUUGGGAGAGUCACGAGUGCUUUGACUUGGUAGGAAAAAAAAAAAUCAACAAUUAAAUAUCAGAAAAAUUAUAAAUUAGAGUUUUUGCUAUUUUUGUUAAGUUAUUUUCUUCUACUUUAAUUUUCUAAAUAUAGAUUAUUUUUAUUAUUAUUGUUUUUGCAGGAACUCUGAUUUGUUAAAUCAAAAUCUGAUUUUUCAUCUCAAUUUCUUUCUGACAAGUACUACAACAAAAGAAGAAA